AGUUCGGUCCCGCAUUGUCGUCGGCUCCUAACCGAGCUGAGUGAUGGCAGGGAACGCCGCAGCGGUGCGCCAAAGUGUGUCGACUUGUCAACGAGCUGAGGAUGAGGAAAAAAAACGGUCAGCGUUGAAAAGGGUCUGAAGCGGACAUUCGACUCAUUAGCGCCUUCACAAGACGCUGUCGUGGAAGUGCACCACAACGCACCCUUUAUUUACAGGAUGCACCGGGAAGCCAGGCGUCGAGAGACCGAGGGAGAGAGCGGGAGAGAGAGAGCUGUCAGUGGCCGAGCACGGACGCGCAAAUUCGGUCGGCGAGCACCGCCGCGACAUCCUCGGGGGCCGGCGAGCGAGGCGACCCAGGGAUCAGACACACGCCGGCCGGCCGGCCGCCCUCGUCGCCAUGAAGGCGGCCGCUCGGCGUGGAUGCGACGGCGGCGGACAUCAUCCGUGAGACCCGCGGAGCUCGCUCGUGUGGCGCAGGAGAAGACCACGACGACAAGAUGAAGAAGCAGUUCAACCGAAUGAGACAGCUCGCCAACCAAACAGUGGGCAGGGCUGAGAAGACCGAAGUGUUAAGCGAAGACCUCCUGCAGGCAGAGAAGCGUCUGGAGCUGGUCAAGCAGGUGUCGCACAGCGCCCACAAAAAGUUGACGGCGUGCCUGCAAGGUCAGCAGGCCGUGGAAGUGGACAAGAAGUCGGUCAGGUCGCCGUCGAAGAAACUUCCUCUCGCGAUACUCGCACAAUGUAUGGUGGAGGGGGCGGCGGUGCUCGGGGACGAGUCUAUGUUGGGGAAGAUGCUGAAGCUGUGCGGCGAGACGCAGGACAAACUGUCCCAGGAGCUCAUCCUGUUCGAGGUCACCAUCGAGAGAGACGUCAUGGACCCGCUGUACGACCUCUCCGAGGUGGAAAUCCCAAACAUCCAGAAACAAAGGAAACAUUUAGCCAAACUGGUCCUGGACAUGGACUCUGCACGCACACGGUACUAUCAGUCCAGCAAAUCAUCGGGCCUGUCCAGCAACCUGCAGUCCAGCGGCGCCAAGGCCGACCACCUCAGGGAGGAGAUGGAGGAGGCCGCCAAUCGCAUGGAGAUCUGUCGGGACCAGCUGUCUGCGGACAUGUACAGCUCCAUGGCCAAAGAACUCGACUAUGCAAGCUAUUUUCAGACGCUGAUUGAGGUCCAGGCCGAGUACCACAGGAAGUCACUUGAGCUGCUGGAGAACAUCCUGCCUCAGAUUAAAGCUCAUCAGGAGUCGUGGGCGGAGAAGCCUUCCUACGGGAAGCCGCUGGAGGAGCACUUAGAGCUCAGCGGGAGGGAUAUUGCCUUCCCCAUCGAGGCCUGUGUCACCAUGUUGCUGGAGUGCGGCAUGCAAGAGGAGGGCUUGUUCCGAGUGGCUCCGUCCGCCUCCAAGCUGAAGAAGCUGAAGGCGUCUUUGGACUGCGGCGUGCUGGAUGUGCAGGAAUACUCGGCCGACCCGCACGCUAUCGCAGGAGCCUUGAAAUCUUACCUGCGUGAGCUCCCUGAGCCCCUGAUGAAGUUCGAGCUUUACAACGACUGGAUCCAGGCUUCAAACAUUCCAGACCAGGACAAGAGGCUGCAGGCUCUCCGCUGCGCUUGCGACAAACUGCCGCCGGCCAACAACAACAACUUCAGAUAUCUGAUUAAGUUCCUGUCCAAACUGACGGAAUUCCAGGACGUGAACAAGAUGACGCCCGGGAACAUCGCCAUCGUGCUGGGGCCCAACCUGCUGUGGACGCACAGCGAAGGCAACAUCGCGGAGAUGAUGACCACGGUGUCCCUGCAGAUCGUCGGCAUCAUCGAGCCCAUCAUCCAGCACGCCGACUGGUUCUUCCCCGGAGAAAUCGAGUUCAACGUGACGGGCAACUUCGGCAGUCCCGUGCACACCAACCACAACGCCAACUACAGCUCCAUGCCGUCCCCCGACAUGGAGCAAACGGAUCGGCGGCAGAGCGAGCAGAGCCGCCGGCCCCUCAGCGUCGCCACCGACAACAUGAUGCUGGAGUUCUACAAGAAGGACGGCAUCAGGAAGAUACAGAGCGUGGGAGUCAGGGUGAUGGACACUUCUUGGGUGUCCCGCAGGGGCUCAUCUUCCUCUCGUAAAACCUCGUCCACGCCCCCCAGCCUGCGGGCGCCCACCCCACCCUCGGAAGCGCUCGCCCCCGAGGGACUCGGGGAACCCUCAGGCUCCCCCUCCCCCACCCCUCCUCCCGCUAGCAACGAGCGAGCCAGCUCGGACGACGCGUCGUCCAAUUGGUCGGACGCCUGUAACGCCCGACCCUCCCCCGAGGAGGAGAGGCUGCCCCCCCCUUACCCCUCUUCCUCUUCCUCACCCUUCUCCCUCCCUCCCCACCACUUCUGCACCCGAGCACCCCCCGGUAUGCGCCCCCUUUCCCGCAGUCCCGAAUGCGUGCCCACGGGCCCGUCACCCGUCCCCCGCCGCUCGGGCUACAGCCCGCCCCCAUUCCUCCACUCCCUAUGCCCGUCCCCCCACCCCCUUGACAUCAACUCCAACCCCCGAGCUCAAAGCUCCCCCGCCCUGCCCAAGCAGGCCUCCUUAUCCGAGCCUCUGCAUGCGCCCCCCGCCGACACCAACGGCUCCUCACUGUACAUCAAACCCCCGCUCGUUCUUACUCGGCACGAUCUUUUCCUGGGCUCCCCCAAACUCCCCGGCACCCCACUUUCUGUCCCCCCUCCUUGGGCCACCGCUAGCCGAGAGAGAGGACGCAAGGCCGCUAGCACCCUGAAGAACAAAGAACUGUCUCCGGUGAUCGGGCAGAAGGGAUUCCAGGCGACGCUGUCUUCCGGCGCCCAGUCGGAAAACAGCCCACACACCCUGAGGAGAGCAAAGAAGCUGGCUCCAAUUCCGCCUAAAGUCCCCUACAGCCAGACGGGGGCCGUGUCGGAGCAGUCCACGGGCCAGCCGUCUCCGGUCAGCCUCUCGCCGACGCCGCCCAGCACCCCAUCGCCGUACGGCUUCGGCUACCCGCAGGGUUACGCCACCAUCGGCUCCCUGGGACACGUCCACAUGGCCGGCACGCCGUCUCUGUCCUCACCGCCCUCGCUGGCCGGGACCCUCAUCAAGGCCCGGCCCACGCCCAAGCCGCCCCGGCAGAGGCCCAACUUGCCUCCCCCGCAGCCGCCCUCCACCCCCGGCACCAGCCCCCAGCCCCUGGACCACUCGUCUGGCUUGUUGGAUGGUUUGUCUCCUGGAGAGAGCAUGUCCACAGAUUCCUUCUGCAAUUUGGACAUUCCCGUUAUCGACAUGGAACUGGACGGCCUUCUGGACUUGGCGCACAUCUCGCACCUCAGGCACUCGGUGGCGCUGCUGGACUCGAGCCGCCUCAGAGCCACCGAGUCGGAGGAGGGGGAGGAUUCGGAUAGCACUGUGCUAUGACGCCCCCCCCCCAUCCCCCCAACCCCUACACACACACACACACACACACACAAGUCCUCCUUCACACCCUGAUGCAUUCGUGCAUUUGGAUUGUUGCAUUUUGAGUUCGUGUUUUGCCUUAUUUGACGCCUUGAACUCCGCACGCCAGAAACACGCGAGCGAGGGGGAGGAUUCGGACCUCUUUUAUGCCAAUUCCUCCACAAGGAAUCACAUCAACCAUUCUCCUCCGGCCAAGGACAUCAGCCUCGGUGGCAACUCUGUAUCCGUGUGUGUACCAUCAACCAACAUGCACGCUGUAGAAACUUAGCUGAGUAACUAAGGAAAAAAAAAAAACAUCUCGAUGAUUAACGUUCAUUUAUUGAAUAAUAUUUAUUGUCUAUAGUGUACAUUUGCAGAGUUUAUGAUUCCCAGUAAAAACAUCGGAACUUAUUUUAUACUGGCAAGGUGGAAUAAGAGCAUCGAGCAGGGGUGGGCAAACUUUUGUGCCACACAGCCAGAUUUUUAUUUUUAAUACAACGGGCACAUGGGUGAAAACAUUCGCAGAUGAAGUCAAAAAUAUAUAUCGCUAAUUAAAAUGCGUCUUUAUGUUUUGUAAAAUAGUUCCGUCCGUCCAUUUUAUUUUGCAUUUGUCUUCACGAGGUUUUACAGGUGACUUCAUUUUAAUUGUAGUUGAUUCUCAUUUUUUUUUAUUUACGUAAGCACAUUUUCAAUACAAUAAGUAAACGUUAGCUAUGUUGUGUAUGCGCGACGGUUUUUUUAUUUUUAUUAUUUUUUACAAGCAAGUAACUUAUUUAUUCGAUAAGUAAAUUACAAAUGAUAUAUUUAAAUAUUUGAAUGGACACAUUUUACGGAAAGAGGAUUAAUUAAUGCACCAAAUGUUACAGGGCCCUCUUAUUUCACUUCUGGAGAUAAUAAUAUAAUAAUAACCUUAAGUCGCUUGAUGAUGCCGAUGUUGGUGGGCGGGGUUAAAGAGCGAUUUGUAACCCGCGGGCCAUACUUUGCCCUCCCCUGUUUUUGUGGCCAAUGACCUUCUGGUUGUUAUCAAGAACAUCGAUCCAUCCGUUGUCUUUGCCGCUUAUCCUCACGACCUUCCCAGGGAGUGCCGGAGUCAAUCCCAGCUGUCAACGGGCAGGAGGCGGGGCACGCCCUGAACCGGUCGCCAGCCAAUCGCAAGGCACAUAGAGACAAACAGCCGCACUCACAAUCACACCUAGGGGCAAUUUAGAGUGUGUAAUUAAUGUUGCAUGUUUUUGGGAUGUGGGAGGAAACCGGAGUGCCCACAAAACCCACGCAGAACAUUCCAGAAAACACGCUCCCAUCACUGACAAAUAGCCUGGCUAUUUUUGUCCCCUGUUACAAAGGAUGCACUUUAUUCCACGUGGAAGGUCGACCACGUGUGUGUGUGUGUGUGUGUGUGUGUGUGUGUUUGUGUGUGUGUUUGUGUGGAUGCGUGUGUGCGUGCCUGCGCAAAGCAUCCAUUUUAUUUUCAGCAGAGUAUUUAUGAUACAGAUCUAUUUCUCGCAGACGCUUUUUACUUGACACCCCGGCGGGCGAGACGCUUGCAAACAUGGGACCAGACAUUCCUCUCGCUUGUCACGUGCAAAAAAAUAAAAAUAAAAAAUAAGUCAUUGUAAAUACAUUUAUGUACAUAUAGUACAUGCUCUGUAUAUAAUGACUUGAGAAUAUAUAUAUAUAUAUAUAUAUAUAUAUAUAUGUAGAUGUAUUGGAAUACUUGAUGGAUUGAAAUGAUGACAACUCUCGUUAUUAUGCCUCCAUUAUUAUUAUCACCAUCAUCAUUAUUAUUAUUAUUAUUAUUAGAUCACUUUUUGUCAUGUUUUACACAAUUAACCCCUUGGAUUGAUUCUAAUAUCUCAUAAAAAAAAAUCAACGUUAUGAGGGGUAUACGGUUUUAUUACAAUCGCUGAGUAAAAGAUCCAACUUUCAUACAUAAAUGUUGGUGUUUGCUCAUAUUUGUAGUUUAGUUCAGUGGACCUGAACGUGAUAUUACACCUGACAUGAGACUGGAAUAGUCUUUAAAAAAAUAUAUAAAAAAAGGGGGGAGAGGAGGGGGGGACGAAAGCGCCUGAAUCACAACAUUUCGUGACAGCUAAUCAUCUCUGUUUACAAAUUGAAAAUUAGCAUAAACCUAAUGUAGAACAAUUCACUGAAUCAUCUGUCAUGUUGGAUUGCUUGUGCUUUUGUAUUUUUUUUUUUAAUUUGUUUAUGGUCAUCACACAGAUGAUGUCAUUUUUUUCACCGUCAAUUUUUGGAAUGUAAACCUGGCAGGUUGCGUGUGUGUGUGUUGUGUAAAAGGAGGCGAGAAAAUACAUUUUUUGUGUGUCCUGUGUGAAAGUGUGCCAGCAUGCUUUUUAACCGCACUCUUUAAAUGUCUCAUUCGUAGUGUAUAUGGAUACAAAUGACGAAAAACAAGUGAUGCUUCUUAUUCUUAAUAGUUUAUUAUUAUUAUUUUUUUUAUUUCUGUUCCUUUCGCCCACAGCGCAUCUUGUUGAUGCAAUGAUGAGCGUGGAGACAAAUGAAUCUUCUGUAUGUGCUACACUUUUACAUUGUAGGCACUGGAGGCCCAAUAAAGGUCAAAAGUGUCUUUUGACAAAAUGCUAAAGCUGUUUAAUUCAGCCCCAAAAAAAAUAAAUGUGAAUAUUUGGUCUCAAAGUGUGGAGGUGGGCAAUCAUCACAA